AUGUCGUACACGUACCUCUUCAAGUACAUCAUCAUAGGCGACACGGGCGUCGGCAAGUCGUGCCUCCUCCUGCAGUUCACCGACAAGAGGUUCCAGCCCGUGCACGACCUCACGAUCGGCGUCGAGUUCGGCGCGCGCAUCGUGUCCAUCGACAGCAAGCCCGUCAAGCUACAGAUCUGGGACACGGCGGGACAGGAAUCCUUCCGGUCCAUCACACGCUCGUACUACCGCGGAGCAGCGGGAGCGCUCCUCGUGUACGACAUUUCGCGAAGGGAGACGUUCGACCACCUCGCGACGUGGCUGGAGGACGCCAAGCAGCACGCGAACCCCAACAUGACGGUCAUGCUGAUCGGCAACAAGUCGGACCUCUCGCACCGCCGCGCCGUGAGCCAGGAGGAGGGCGCGGCGUUCGCGCGCGAGCACGGGCUGAUCUUCCUCGAGACGUCCGCGAAGACGGCGCACAACGUCGAGGAGGCGUUCAUCAACACGGCGCGCGCCAUCCACCGCAAGAUCGAGGAGGGGACUAUUGACGUAGAGAACGAAAGCAACGGAGUCAAGAAGGGGUACUCCGCGGGGGGCGCCGGCACCGUGCGGCCGGGGUACGGACAGCAGGGCGCCGGCACGCGCUCCGCGUGCUGCUCGUGA